GGGAGGGGCGGCGGGUCAGUCUCCGCCGGGCGCUCCGGGGAUCAGCUGGUGGGCGGGCGGGUGCCCGACGCGGCCCCGGCUCUCGCUGCAGCGCCGCCUCCUUUCCCCGACGCAGGCCGCCCCGCACCGUGACAAUGUUGCGGGGCUGGUAGCUGAAGCGCCCGCCGACGAGCCAUCUCAAGUUUAAACUUAUACGAAUCGUUCUCUAGAGGAGGAGGGGACGGACCGCCGCGCGAUUGACACGCAUAUUCCUAUAGGCAUCCUCCCUCAGCCCCCACCCCCACGGCCGGAUUCGGGUGGCUCCUCUCCGAGCUGAAAUCCGAGAAGAAAUCCUUGGAUCUCUUGUUUUCUUUAAAAAAGAAAAAAAAAAUCUAGAAGCUGUCGGUGUUUUUGUUUUACUGCUUCCCCUUCGCAAGAUGAAGAAGUUUUUCGACUCCCGGCGAGAGCAGGGCGGCUCUGGCCUGGGCUCCGGCUCCAGCGGCGGAGGGGGCAGCUCCUCGGGCCUGGGCAGUGGCUACAUCGGCAGGGUCUUUGGCAUUGGGCGGCAGCAGGUCACGGUGGACGAGGUGCUGGCGGAAGGUGGAUUUGCUAUCGUGUUUCUAGUAAGGACAAGCAACGGAAUGAAAUGUGCCUUGAAACGCAUGUUUGUCAACAAUGAGUAUGAUCUCCAAGUGUGCAAGAGAGAAAUCCAGAUAAUGAGGGACUUGUCGGGACACAAGAACAUUGUGGGUUACAUUGAUUCUAGUAUCAACAAUGUGAGUAGUGGUGAUGUAUGGGAAGUGCUCAUUCUGAUGGACUUCUGUAGGGGAGGCCAGGUGGUCAACCUGAUGAACCAACGCCUGCAAACAGGUUUUACAGAGAAUGAAGUGCUCCAGAUAUUUUGUGACACCUGUGAAGCUGUUGCUCGCCUCCAUCAGUGCAAAACUCCUAUUAUUCAUCGUGACCUGAAGGUUGAAAAUAUCCUCUUGCAUGACCGAGGCCACUACGUCUUGUGUGACUUUGGAAGCGCCACCAACAAAUUCCAGAACCCACAAACUGAAGGAGUGAAUGCAGUAGAAGAUGAGAUUAAGAAAUACACAACGCUGUCCUAUCGAGCACCAGAAAUGGUCAACCUGUACAGUGGCAAAAUCAUCACUACGAAGGCAGACAUUUGGGCUCUUGGAUGUUUAUUAUAUAAAUUAUGCUACUUCACUUUGCCAUUUGGGGAGAGUCAAGUGGCAAUAUGUGAUGGAAACUUCACAAUUCCUGAUAACUCUCGAUAUUCCCAAGACAUGCACUGCUUAAUUAGGUAUAUGUUGGAACCAGACCCUGACAAAAGGCCGGAUAUUUACCAGGUCUCCUACUUCUCAUUUAAACUACUCAAGAAAGAAUGCCCAAUUCCAAAUGUUCAGAACUCUCCCAUUCCUACAAAGCUUCCUGAGCCAGUGAAAGCCAGUGAGGCAGCUGCAAAGAAGACCCAGCCAAAGGCCAGACUGACAGAUCCCAUUCCCACCACAGAGACUUCCAUUGCACCCCGCCAGAGGCCUAAAGCUGGGCAGACCCAGCCAAACCCAGGAAUCCUUCCCAUCCAGCCAGCCCUGACACCUCGAAAGAGGGCCACGGUUCAGCCCCCACCUCAGGCUGCAGGACCCAGCAAUCAGCCUGGUCUUUUAGCCAGUGUUCCCCAAUCAAAAACUCAGCCCCCACCCAGCCAACCUCUACCACAGUCCCAGCCCAAGCAGCCUCAGGCUCCACCCACCCCACAACAGACGCCUUCCACUCCUGCCCAGGGUCUGCCCUCUCAGGCCCAGGCCACACCCCAGCACCAGCAGCAACUCUUCCUCAAGCAGCAACAGCAGCAGCAGCAGCAGCAGCAGCAGCAACAACAACAACAGCCACCACCACCAUCACAGCAGCCAGCAGGCACAUUUUACCAGCAGCAGCAGCCGCCACAGACACAGGCUCAACAGUUUCAGGCAGUACACCCAGCAACCCAGCAACCAGCAAUUGCCCAGUUCCCUGUGGUGUCCCAAGGAAGCUCUCAACAGCAGCUGAUACAGAACUUUUACCAGCAGCAGCAGCAGCAGCAGCAGCAGCAGACCACAAACCUGCAUCAGCAGCAGCUGCUGACUCAGCAGGCUGCUGUGCAGCAGAAGCCUGCUGUAGCAGCCGGACAGCAACCCCAGGCUCAGCCAGCCGCAGCCCCACAGCAGUCCCCUGCCCAGGAGCCAAUGGUUGAACCUUUUCAACUUUUAUAUGUCUUCUUAUUUCGUGGGGGUGGGAACUUACCUAGGUCUGCAACCACCACUCCAUCAGGCUCUCCUCGGACUUCCCAGCAAAACGUUUAUAAUCCUUCAGAAGGUUCUACGUGGAAUCCCUUUGAUGAUGACAAUUUCUCCAAACUCACAGCUGAAGAACUGCUAAAUAAGGACUUUGCCAAGCUGGGGGAAGGCAAACAUCCUGAGAAGCUUGGAGGCUCAGCUGAGAGUUUGAUCCCAGGCUUUCAAUCCACCCAAAGUGAUGCUUUUGCCUCUUCUUCGUUUUCUGCUGGAAAUGCUGAAAAAAAGAAGGGUGGGCAGACUGUGGAUUCUAGCCUCCCACUUCUAAGCGUAUCUGAUCCUUUCAUUCCUCUUCAAGUACCUGAUGCACCAGAAAAGCUAAUUGAGGGACUCAAAUCUCCUGACACUUCUCUUCUGCUCCCUGACCUCUUGCCUAUGACAGAUCCUUUUGGCAGCACUUCUGAUGCUGUAAUUGAAAAAGCUGAUGUUGCUGUUGAGAGUCUCAUACCAGGACUGGAGCCCCCAGUGCCCCAGCGCCUCCCAUCUCAGACGGAGUCUGUGACCUCGAACCGCACAGAUUCUCUCACCGGGGAAGAUUCCCUGAUCGAUUGCUCUCUGCUUUCUAACCCUACUACCGACCUUCUGGAAGAGUUUGCCCCCAUAGCGAUCUCUGCUCCAGCCCAUAAAGCUGCAGAAGAUAGUAAUCUCAUCUCAGGUUUUGAUGUCCCUGAGGGCUCGGACAAGGUGGCAGAAGAUGAGUUUGACCCUAUUCCUGUAUUGAUAACCAAAAACCCACAAGGUGGGCACUCUAGAAACAGCAGUGGGAGCUCUGAGUCCAGUCUUCCCAACCUAGCCAGGUCUUUACUGCUGGUGGAUCAGCUCAUAGACCUGUAGCCGUGACCCAGUAGCAGAUGCAGUUCUGUAACCUUCAUACCGUCUCCAGAGAGAGCCCAAUCCCUGUCCUGUAAUAACUGUAGAGCACUUUAAAGAAUCAACGGGCGUUAAAGGCCUUCCCCUGUAUCCAGACC